CUGAAGGAAACUUACUGGAUUCACAAACUAGAUACUAUUUUUCCAGAAGGAAUGAAUUCAAAAGUAAUGUAUAAUUUUUCGUAAGUCUCUUCACUUCAUAGUGUUUUCUGUUAUGUAACACAAACUGUGGUUUUCUUAAUGUCAGUUAGUACUGUUUUUGCUGGUAUUUUCUUUUUUUUGUCUAUAACACAAUUUACCCAGUGAUUUCGUAUCUUUGUGAUCCUGUACUUACUGUUAUUAUGAUUAUUACCAUUAUUAUUUUAAAUAAUGUCUAUAAUCUUACUGUGUAUUAAGAAUAACCACUUUUAAUUUAAUUUUUUUCAUAAUAUACUUUAAACAGUACUUUAGAUAUACAUUUGUGUAAACAUUAUGUAGCCUAUUGUACAUUGUAAUUUUUACGCCAAAAUGUUUGUAACGUAACGUCAUCUUUUAUGACGUCAUAUAUUCAUGACGUUGUUUAUUUCAUAUCAUAUUUGUUUACUUCCUGAAGAAGACUAAUAAAAAUAGUCGAAACGUUGAAUGAAAAUGGAGUUAGCUUUGUAAUUCUCCUGUUCUCCAAAUAAAAUUAUAACAGUUGAAACGUCUAGAACAAGUUCUUUAAUUACAAUACAAAGAAAACAAACGAUACAAAGAUGAGGAAUCUGCUUCACCGAAGUGUAUCAAGCUACCACAGCUCACAGCCGCCAAAGACACAGAGCUUUAUACGCCAUGUUUCUGUUCCAUGCGACGUCUACAGACAAGAAUUAUGCGACGAGGACCCCGUAAUGGAAUGCAUUGCAGAUGCGGCAGCAACCUUCUCAAAAGUGUGGACGACUGUUUUACAUUCUCCAGAAACUGUCUUUCCAGACUAUAGUUCGGUAGAAUUCCAGCCACGUCUAUCGGACGCAGAAAUUCUUCUCCCAGAUAUUGCUUGCCUUGCGACCAACAAUAAGCUAGACGCUUUGCCGAUGGUUCAAGAUAUUCUUACCAAAAUACAACAGGAAGCGCCACACCUGGAGUCACAGAACCUGUCAUUUGCACUCAAUGCUGUAAAGAAUGCAAUAAUUCUCCUACAUUUACAUGAACAGGACGACAUCAAUGUGGACAUAAUCAUCACACAACCAAGAGAGAUCAUAGCAGCGACAAUGAUUGUACACGAAUACCUUAAUAACUUAACACAUCCCAAAACCAGUGGGACUAGAUGCCUUUAGUUUUAAUGUUAAUUCUAGUCAAAGUUUUCCCUUUCUGUUCAGUUGGUUGCCGUACACCCGCGAGGCUCAUUGGAAUGGAAGAAUCAGGUGCCUGGUUUGAAUGGAUGUCGGAAGAAUGCCGAAACGCUAGCAAGAACGCGUGAUCGCACGGAAAUUAAAUAUUGACAUUAAAAGUCCACUACCCUAUUUUUUUCAAACCAUUCUUAUCAUAAUAUUUUUUUUCAAUGUACAUUGAUGUAAAUGUGGAGAAAGAAGAAAUCAAGCAAACUCUAAAACAGUCAGUAACUUUUACAUGUCAGUUAGAAAGUUAUAACAGCCAGGCGCUAAACUCCACAAAGCAUUGUUUAUUGAUCUGUCACGUAUUUGGUUUACAUAUAUAUAAUUAUAUAUGAUUUCUUGUUGUUUGAUGCUCUUGUUGAUAACUAUACCUCUUAAUAAUUAUGCUCGUUUACACAGGCAGUCAUCACUCAAAUGUUCUCCACUUACUAAUGAAUUUCAUAUUUUAUGAUUUUAUCGUCAUUUUGUUAAAAUAUUUAAAUGUGUAGUUUACUUCAUGUUGUCACACAAUUUGUGUUACUUGAUAAAGAAGAACAUUAUCAUGUAUGUUUGUCUCUCUGUCUGUCAAUAAAAUAAAAUGCCUAUGUUCUGAUUUGUGUAACUAUUUACGCUCUUUACAUCAUUUCAUAGAUUUGAAUUUAAGGCGAAAUUUUACUAGUUCCAGCCCGUGACUGAAGUUUCCCCCUCCUGUCUCGAAAAUGAAAGUGAUAACAAUGUGACGAGUUGACCUGGACUAAUAUUUUACAUAUAUUGUGCUCUUAUACAUAUAUGUCUUUACAUUUCUGCUAUGUUUGGGGAUAUGAAUUCAUAAUGUUUUAGGCAUAUCUUCAUUGAUAUUGAAAAAUGCCCUAUUGUGAAAUACAUGGCCAUGAAUGAAGCUAUAAUUGAUAUUUUUAUAUUUAUUUAGCUCGGUUACAGUGUGGGAUUUUGAAUAAACAUUUAGA